GCGGUGGAGUUCAGAUGUUGGCUGCUGCUCCUGAUUCUGUCCGUUCACAGCUUCAUCACGGCAUCCGAGUAACGAAGGGGACAGAGGGCAGUGACUGCAGCUCCUUCCUUGCAGUGCUUCCUGUGGGAGGAGCAGAUACUCAGGAACUGUCUGUGUAAAAUGUUUGAAGAAAUCAUUUGAAUUGGAGUUGAUCGUAAUGGCAGGUGAAGGAAUUAAUGAAGACUAUCCAGUAGAAAUUCAUGAAUAUUUAUCAGCAUUUGAGAAUUCCAUUGGUGCUGUGGAUGAAAUGCUGAAGACCAUGAUGUCUGUUUCUAGAAAUGAGUUGUUGCAGAAGUUGGACCCACUUGAACAGGCAAAAGUGGAUUUAGUUUCUGCUUACACAUUAAAUUCAAUGUUUUGGGUUUAUUUGGCAACUCAGGGAGUCAAUCCCAAGGAACAUCCAGUAAAGCAGGAAUUGGAGAGAAUCAGAGUAUACAUGAACAGAGUCAAGGAAAUAACAGACAAGAAAAAGGCUGGCAAGCUGGACAGGGGUGCGGCUUCAAGAUUUGUAAAAAAUGCCCUUUGGGAACCAAAACCUAAAAAUGCAUCCAAAGUUGCCAAUAAAGGAAAAAGUAAAAAUUAACCUUUCAGUUUUGAUGUACACAUAUUUUAAAAGUACAUAAUUUUUAUUGUUUUCCACAAAAUGGAUGAUGAUUAUGUGGCACUGUAAGGUUUAAAUGUAUUCGUUAUUGAAUUCAUGUAUAAAACUUGGAUUUGAAAUUCGUAAUGGUAAAAACUUUUCCCUCCAGAAAGAUUGUUAUCUUUAUUGGUUUUUCUAUAGAACACUAUGAGGUUUUUAACAUUGCUGUGUAUAUAUAUAUAUAUUUAAAUGUUUUAUUUUGUAUGGGAGUAUAGCUGAUUAAUAAUGUGAUAGUUUCAGGUGGACAGGGAAGGGACUCAGCCCUACAUAUACAUGAAUCAAUUCUCCCCCAAACUCCUCUCCCAUAUAGUAGAUCCUUGUUGGUUAUGCGUUUUACGUUUAUGCAUACAUUUACAGCAGUGUGUACAUGUAAUCCCAAGCAACAUUGUAGUAUAUUUUAUAUUUAUAUUUUACUGCCUCUUGACCAGACUCUUAUUUGCUUAGGUCAGUCUUUCAAAGCCAUUUUAUAAGCAACUAUUAAGUUUAACUUAAAUGUUCCUCAUAAACAUUUGUCUAUUUCAAUGAAUAAUGAUUUUAUGACGUAUGCUGAAGUUAUAAAUACAUCUGUUCUCACUAUAUGAUAUUAAGAAAGAGUGAAAUGACUUAAAUGUCCAUUUUUUCUCUGUAGUUAUUUCAUUAUGCUUUCAUGAUUUUGGGAAUUACUGCUUUUUGUGGUAUUUGAAGUAUGAAAUUAAGACUUUAAGGUUAUUCUUUAAUUCUUGGCACUUUGCCACUAUGUCCCAUUUAAAGUAAAAUACAUUCUCAUUAACUUUAGAUGGGAAAUGAGGUUGUAUAUUGAUGGCUGAAUUUUGACAUAAUAGCUAUACCCUAUCAAAGCUAUUAAUGUAUGGCUGACCUGUUUUUAAUUUUUCUCUUUUGAGUAAAUGUUUCCUUGAAAUUAGGAAGGUCGGUUUUAGAAGUCCUUAUUAGAAGUGGAGGAAUCCAUGAGUUUUUGUUUGUGCAUAGUGCCGGUAGUUAACUUGGCCUCAAUUUUUUCAGAUUUUUUUUUAAUAUUUAUGAGGGUAUAACAAGUAUGUACAAGUAUUUUGGAACAACUUUGUAUGUUAUAUAAUGCCACUUAAUCAGAGGAGAAAUCUGAAGGAGAGUACAUUGUAUUUAUAUUCUGAUUUGUUUUUCUGUAAUAUUUAUUAGUGAGAAUUCUAAAUAUUAAAACUUUUUAAAUGUCUAAGCCCAAGAAUUUUAAUUAUAUACCUUUAAUGCUUUCAGUCUUUGAAUUCACAUUAUUAUGUAUAGGAAUGCCAAAUACAGUAAAGUACUUGUACUUUAAUUUUUGAAAAAGAAGUUGUUAAAAUUUUCUGUGUGAUUAAUUCCCCAUAAGUAACCUUGAAUAAAUGGAUUUCUUGAUUUAUGAUAGCAGAUAUUGUAAAUGGUCUUAAAAUAUAAUGGAUUUUGUAAAGCAUGUUGAACUCUUUCUAUGACACAUGAAGAGGAAAUCACUGAUGAAUGCAGAAGUCUUCUGGCUCAGAUGUCAGGCAAUUUUUGAAGUAGAAGAACAUUUAUAGUUAUUUCACUCCUUGUUUUACCUUUAUCUCUUCUAAAUUCCAAUUUUUUAAAAGUAACUUCAUGAGAGAAAUAAAUGUUAUUAAUAUCAA